AUAUUAUGUUACACGGGUUUAUCUAUAAUUACCGUUGACAUUGUAGUCCAGUUUGAAAACAAAUUACAUGUUUUAGGAAAUAUAUUUUGGACAUGAUUAUUCGCUCUAAGUAGAUAACUACAGAAUAGUUAAUUGUAAUCAAGAUCUGAAAAAAAACAAAUUUACUAUAUUAUGUCAUUAUUUCCCGCCUACAGUGAAAUUUUAUCUGAGGGGAGAAAUGAGGAGAACAAGGAACUUGGUAAUAUCUUACCAAUUACCAGUGAAGGCCAAGAACGGUCGUGGUUGAAUAACAGCAGUUACACACCAGCAGAACCAAAGGAUAACAUUGGAAGUAGUCAUGAUGAAGAAAAUAAGGGUAAAGAAAUAGAAAAAAAAUGUGAACGUUCUGAUAGCCGUUAUAAGAAAAAAAAGAAACGAGACAAAAAAGAUAAAUCGUACAGGCAUAAAAGAAAAAUAAACAAAAAGAGUCACUUAGGAAAUAUUCAACCAAAUAUUCUUGAAAAUGAUCCAUUUUAUGAAGAUAAGAAGCAAGAAAGAGGAAACUUUUUAGUGGACACUCUUCAUCGUCCGGCUGUUCCAAAGUAUGACAAACAUAGCCGUUACUUUAAGAGGUACAGAUAUAUGAAGGAAAAGUUCAAGAAAGAAAGAAAAGUCAGGCGUUAUUUCAUUCUUGUCUCUAGAAAGGAUGAUAAUAAAUCCAUUGACUACAAUGAUGAUGCUGGAGCUAAAGAAGAGGAUCUAACUCGAACCACUGAGGACUUCAACAGAAAACUGGCCAACAACCCCACAGAUGUGGAUGUCUGGUUGCAGUAUAUCCAGUUCCAAGACACAGUAUUCGACUUUGAAAAGAUCUAUCGUAGAAAUCCAAUGGGAGGAGAGAGGGUGACAUCUGAACGUAAGCUGGCAAUAGUAGAGCGAGCCAUCCAGAAGAACCCAGCAUCAGAGCUGUUGCUGGAGGAACGGCUGGAACUGUGUGAGCGUUUGUGGCCUGUGGACAGACUAGCUGAGGAAUGUGUGCGCGCAUUGGCGCAGGAACCAGGCAAUUUCGCAUGGUGGCGCAGUCUUAUACGUACAACACGCAACAGUGUGGCACGUUGUACUGCCCCCGGUGUACUACAAGUGUUCUCCAAGGCUAUCUCUCGCAUCAGUCAACUAAGGCUCCACAGACCAGACCUCGUAAUAGAACAGGACAUUCUGCGUCUGCUGCUGGAAUGUGGAUUGUUCCUACAACAAGCAGGCUUGUGGGAACAGCUGUGGAUGUUACUGCAGAUGUACCUGAGUCUCAGUCUCACAGCUUCGGGCCAGUUCACUGUUCCUGCCAUUCAACUUGAUGACAAACUCAGGGAGCAGGAGGACAGUGUAGUGUCUAGUGGACUACCCCUCAGUGUAUUGUGGCUAAGAGUGGAGAAGCUUAGAGCUGGGUACCAUUUCCUGCCAGAUCCUAAUUGUGAUUCAGACCCACAAAGAGUGGUAUUCUCAGAUGACAUGUCAGGUCUCCUGCAGCCAGUGAUGUCUGUGGAGCUGCGCCUGCCUCUAGUUGUUUCCUGCCUUGUGCUACUGAAGGUGCCUCUGUUGCCUUGUCGACACUCCACGCUCAAAUGUCUGGGUGUGUUGGACAUUUCUUCUGCUAUCAACAAUGCAGAAACACUGCUAGCUGCCUUCUACCAGUCAGGAAUAUCCACUCCCACUGACUGUAGAUACCUGUCGGGGUGUGAGGAGUUGGUGGUGGAGCCACAGUACAUGAAGCAGCAGCCAGGUCAGUCAGAGUAUCUAAGUUGGCUAGUGGCCGUGAUGCAACACUGUGCCGAACUGCUGCCACAGACCGAGAGCGUGGUGGUGCAUGUCUGGACACUGAGGCUAUAUGGGCUGCUGUGUCGACGACUGGGUGGUGAAGUAGUCAAGCACGCUAGGACACAUGCCAAGCAGCUCCUCAAGCAGCAACAGUUCCGAGAAAACUUAUUGCUAUAUGCUGAAUACGCUCUGCUGGAACGAGAAACAGGAGACCUAGCAAAGGCAUGCAAAGUUCUGGAGACAGCGUUAAACAUGCCUCGCUCAAAGACCAGUGAGCCUGAAUUACACUACACUCUGUUGUCCAGGCGGCUGGUGGACUGCCUCUUGUUGAAGGAUCACUUGACAGAAAAGCGGCUGGUGGACUGCCUCUUGUUGAAGGAUCACUUGACAGAAAAAGACAAUGUUGUGAGAGUGUUAACAUCACUAGUGGAUGAGCAACCAGUGAGUGAAGUGGCAGUAAAGCGCAGCCUAGCAAAGUGGCAGCAGCAGACUGCGGCACUGGUAGAGCGCUACUCACCAUUGGCUGCAGAGCAUCUAACAGUAGCUAUGGCCUUGACUCCUCACCUGCUGGUGGAGUGGCUGGCGUGUCAUAGCGUGCUGCUGUACGUCACACAGUCUGUAUGGGAGGCCACAUCACUACUCCAACAUCAUAUAGACUUGAUAUCUUGCUCUCCUAACACACUAGGCAGCCUUUGGGUGGAGCAGUUGAGUGAGGUGUUAGUGGAUCUCCUGUAUACGCACACAUUACACACACAGUCCAGCUACGGCCCGCUACGUGAUACUCUCGUCAAGGCCAUUAGCAUGUUUCCCAACAACCUCACUCUGCUCAAUAUAUUGGCUACGAUAGAGACGAGAAGCGGUGGUGGGGGCACUCCACUUUGGAAACUGGUCAGCCACUUUCCCUCCUCUGCUCCUCUUGCAAGGCUGGUGCUAGUAUUUGUUGUGCGUCAUCGUCUUGCCUCUUAUAUUAUAGAAGAUUCAGUGGGAGGUACCCACUAUCUGAAAAACCUCCUCCGUCAGCUAACCAGCGAGCGCAAGACACGGGAAUGUCCCCUGAUAUUACGCCUAGCUCUACAGCUGGCAGCAGUCACUGAAUCUGCAGUACAAAUCAAAGCAACUUUCUACAAGUGCCUUCAAGCCUGUCCUUGGGUCAAGGCAUUUUACAUGGAUGCUGUGAAAUUCCUCCCAGAAGAACUGUCUGAAAUACAGGACUUGCUGAUUGAGAAGGAAUUGAGACUGCACACUACCCCAGAAGAGUUGGAGAUUUUACGAGAUUGAAGGACUUUUGUCUGUAAACUUAUAUCAAACUGUAUAUUAAUAGUAUAGUAUAAUUUAUAUUUUUGUUAUAUUUUUUACUCUUUGUUAAAAACAUAAAUGCUCUGUAUUCUCUAUAAUUCUUUAAUUGAUAUUUCAUGUGAUUCCUUUGAAGCAAGAAUAAAUAGAUUUCAAUAAAAAUAUAGUGGUGAUAAAACAUUACUAAAUCCUGUUGUAGUUUAUUUUAAGUUGUAAUCCUCUGAAUGUCACAGAAGAUUACAAUUUUCUUCACCACUCUUUGAUGUUAAAUUUACCAUAAUGGUGAUCGCUUGUCACCAGUUUAAUGUCAUAGUUACCAUCUAUCUAUUCAUUCCAUAUUUUUCUAUCCAUUAGUCUUUUUUUUAUAUUUCAGACUUAUUCAGUCUUUGGACUUGUAGUAAAAAUAAUUUUAUAAUAAAAUUUAGUUGAUUUUUUAAUAAAAAUCUGAUCUCAAGAAAUAAACAACAAUAAAAAAAGUAAUGACAGUAGUUAUCUGUCAAUGUAUCUUCUAUAUGAUGAAGUUGCUUUGUAUUUUAUUGCUGAAUCAUUUGUUUAUCGGUUGGUGUUUAAUUUUCUAUGUAAGUCAGUGUCUUGUUGAACAUAUUUAACAGGAGUGUUUAAAAUUCUUUGCAUGGUAUGAGUAAUGUGUUGAAUUAAUGGAUGUUGAUCUAUUUUUUACUAUGGAAACAACAGGGUUAUAAAUAAAUCCCUGUAAUUAAAAGCUGUUAUGUCUACACCUUAAUGUGCACCGUUGUUUUGUAAUGUGACAAAGUUUACAAAUAAAGUUUAAAUAAAAAAACCUUAAAACAU